UAAAGUCUACAAAAGUCAAACCCAUCUGCUUGCUUCGUGUUUAGUGUUUAUGUUUCAAUAUUUGCACAGUUAUAUUACAGAAAAACUGUGAAAAUUGGGAAGAUACGUGAAUAUAUUUUUUUAAACCAUUUAAUAAGUAUGGCGGAGUCACUUCAAAAUAAUUCACCUGCUGCCACUUCUUCCACAUCGGCAAACAGUGAAAUCAGUCACUUUGUCAGUGAAACAACCACAGUCAAUGGCGACGACAAUAAACAAGAUCAAUUGCCAGAAGGGGAAAAAUCAGAACAGGAUAUUCUUAAGCUAGAAUGUCCAGUAUGUCUUCAAACGUGCAUCCACCCAGCGAGGCUCCCGUGCGGACACGUAUUUUGUUUUCUGUGUGUUAAGGGAGUUGCAUUCAAAAAUCGUCGCUGCGCAAUGUGCCGUCGUGAUAUUCCGCCAAGUUACUUGGAGCAUCCGCAUUUAGUGAACGGGUUGAAAGAGGUAGAGAAAGCAGCAAAGGCGGAUGAUGGCGCCGAAUAUCAGUGGUACUAUGAGGGUCGCAACGGUUGGUGGCAAUAUGAUGAAAGAACAAGCCAGGAACUGGAAGAGUCGUAUCAAAAGAAAGAAAGAUUCUGCAAGAUUUUGGUUGCUGGUUUUCUGUACAUUGUGGAUUUCGAACACAAGUGUCAAAUAAGACAAAACGACCCGUCCAGAAUAAGACGAGUUAAGCGUGAUUUGACGACUAUUCCGAAAAAGGGAGUUGCUGGAUUGCGACUUGAAACCAAUGAUCUUACAUCUGGUGCAGUUUCCAGUUCAAACUUGGAUGGUGCUUUAAGUUCGGCCGAUUUGCAGGCGGAAACUAAUUUACUACAAAUGCACCGAAAUAUCGUAGUUGAGGAAACGGUAGAGGAAGAAGCUGAAGAGCAAAUUCGUCGUGUUAAUUUAGAUGGCAGCUCCAGCAGCGAGUCGAAUAGCAGAACAAAUAAUUCCAUCGGCAUGAUAAAUGCUGUGUCGAGUAUUGCCAGUGACAUCGAUCAUAACAACAGUCACGAAGUUGAGUUGAGUGAAGCAAUCAACAACUUGAAUUCGUUGACAUUGGGAGAUUCGCGAGUGAAUGAUCGUUCACGGGAACCGAUUACUGUAAGGAGACCCAUUGCUACCGAUUUGUUUCCGUUAAGCGAUAGCGAUGAUGAUAACGAGGACAACAAUCAUGUUAUACUCUAAAUAAUUAGCAUAUACCUAGUAUAUUAGAAAGUAGUCUGCAUGUUGUGCGGAAAUGUUUCAAAAACUUUAUUUUGAGUGGAAUAUUAAUAUUCACGUAAUUAAAAUGGAAUUCUAGGCUAAAUUCCCUGCUAAGAAAUGGCAAUACGAUUUUUUUCUUUCUAGUAUUAGCUCGUCAAAUCAGAUUACAGUAGCGCGAUUAUUCUGGAAACAUUACAUUGAAAUAGUUUUCUGUACGAUGAAUAAUGUACAAUAGACAGUAGAUGUUACAUCUUUGAGGUAAUGCAACUGCAUAUGGCGUCUAUUACAGGAGACGAGGCGAGCGGCGAGUUACUCAUCUCUCACUCAGCUGUCACCAGAUGAGUUUCAUUCGCGGGCGAGGUGAGUUGAUCGCUUCGUCUUCUGCAAUAGGGGCCUAUACCUCAAUAUCCUAAAAAGAUUCUCUGAAUUACAGAAACCUAUUUUCAUCAGUUUUGGCAAUAGCAAAAAUGUGAUGGGCAAUUUCUCGCUCUAACUAUAUCAUGAGGAGUAAAAAUAUUACUACUCAAGAGCUAUAUAUUUAUAUAUAAGAAACAAUUUUACAAUAAUUCGACUGCUCUUCAAUCUAUGUUCGUUCUUUCAAUCCGAUUUUUUGUCACUGCAGCUCUUUCAACUGCUUAAUAAAACCAACGUUUGGUUGUACGCA